AUAUAUGGAAAACAAAACACUGCUCACUCUCCUCUUGUUUUACCAGUGUCUUCGCAUCUCCAGGAGCUGAAAAGAUGAAGAGAAAAGAAACCUUCAGAAGACAUGCAGUGAAGAAAUUCAAGACAAUUGUAGGGAACACUAAAUUGUAUUCAACUUGAGCUUUCUGUACAAUGGAAUCAGUAUAUAUAGUUUACAAUACAUAUUCAGAUCCUAAAUACUUGCCUAAACUUAUGUGUAUGACCAUUGCCUUAUUCCUUAGUGCUCUGAAUUGAGUGGUCUCCUGUUCUCUGAUAUUUGUUUCGCUCCACUUUGUGCUUCUCAGUUUUUGGCAAUAUUGUCAGUAACUGACAGAAGAUGCUCAGGUGACCAUAUGACCAUCCCCUAGAUCAUGGAGAUCUAGAGAAAUUGUUAGUUUUGCUGAAUAUCCUGUCACCCUUUUGAGUUCUGUUAAAGAUGAGGCUUCAUUUUUCUUGGUGGAUGGGCCUGCAGUUGACAACCAGGGUCUGUACUGCUUCCACUAAACCUCAUACCACUGUCAUAAAGCACUUUUGUAUUA